CUUACUGCCUUUUGACUUUUGAGUCUCUGCUCCUCGCUGUACCUCUCCAGAUUAUGAGUUAAUGCAACGUCUUGUGGCAGUGAUGGAAAGCCUGAAAACUCCAUUCGUGGGGAUAAUUAAAGAUGUGAAAGGGAGAAGUGCAUGCUACAAGGAAGAUUGGAUCGGUGCACUUUGCUCAGGCAUCAGGAUUUUGGCUCCAACUACCUAUAUCUUCUUUGCUUCAGCUCUUCCUGUUGUUGCCUUUGGAGAGCAGCUGAGUAGAGAAACAGAUGGGACCCUCGGUACGGUUGAAACUUUAGCUUCCACGGCUAUUUGUGGUAUAAUUCACUCAAUUUUUGGUGGGCAGCCUUUGUUAAUAGUAGGAGUUGCUGAACCAACAAUUAUAAUGUACACUUAUUUGUACAAUUUCACCAAAGGAAGGCCAGAGUUGGGUCAGAAACUCUACUUAGCUUGGGCUGCAUGGGUCUGCGUAUGGACAGCACUGCUUCUCUGCCUUCUUGCUAUAUUUAAUGCUUGCAGUGUCAUCUCUAGAUUCACAAGGGUUGCCGGAGAGCUUUUUGGCAUGUUGAUAACUGUUCUUUUCAUUCAAGAAGCUAUCAAGGGACUAGCAAGUGAGUUCAGUACUCCCAAAGGUGAAGAUACUAAAUUGGAGAAGUAUCAAUUUCCUUGGCUGUACACAAAUGGGUUACUUGCAAUCAUUUUCUCAUUUGGGGUGCUAUUCACUGCCCUAAAGACCAGAGGUGCAAGAUCAUGGAGAUAUGGCACAGGGUGGCUCCGAGGUUUUAUCGCUGACUAUGGUGUCCCCCUUAUGGUCUUAUUGUGGACAGCAUUGUCCUACGGUGUACCCCACAAAGUUCCUUCUGGAGUUCCAAGGAGGCUGUUCUCUUCACUUCCUUGGGAACGUGAGUCAUUGUAUCAUUGGACGGUGGUCAAGGAUAUGGGAGAAGUUCCAGUGGAAUACAUCUUUGCUGCCAUUGUACCAGCAGUCAUGAUAGCAGGUCUAUACUUCUUUGAUCACAGUGUUGCUUCACAGAUGGCACAACAGAAGGAAUUUAACCUGAAAAAGCCAUCUGCUUAUCAUUAUGAUAUGCUGUUGCUUGGCAUUAUGACUUUGAUUUGUGGAUUGCUGGGACUGCCUCCUUCAAAUGGAGUACUUCCACAAUCUCCCAUGCACACCAAGAGUCUUGCAGUUCUUAAGAGGCAGCUGAUUCGGAAGAAAAUGGUAAAAAGUGCAAAGGAAUGCAUAUUGCAACAAGCAAGUAACUCAGAAAUUUAUGGAAGGAUGCAAGCUGUGUUUAUAGAAAUGGAUGCCUCUCCAACUCCUAAUUCGGUAGAUAAAGAGUUGGAACAUUUGAAAGAGGCUGUAAUGAAAGGCAAUGAUGGAGGAGAUGCAAAGGAAAAUUUUGAUCCUGAUAAACACAUUGAUCCUUUUUUGCCUGUUAGGGUCAAUGAGCAAAGAAUAAGUAACCUGGUACAGUCUUUCUUUGUGGGAUUAUCAGUGUGUGCUCUGCCAGUAAUUAAAAUGAUACCUACCUCAGUGUUGUGGGGAUACUUUGCCUACAUGGCCAUUGAUAGCCUGCCAGGAAAUCAAUUCUGGGAAAGAAUAUUACUGCUCUUCAUCACCCCUGGUCGACGGUACAAGGUCCUGGAAAGUGUUCAUGUCUCAUUUGUGGAGUUAGUACCUUUCAAUGUCAUUCUGACCUUCACCCUCUUGCAAUUCCUUUAUUUGCUGCUAUGUUUCGGAGUAACAUGGAUACCUACAGCUGGAAUAUUGUUUCCACUGCCAUUCUUCCUUCUCAUCCGCAUAAGGCAGCACAUCCUCCCAAAGGUGUUCCAUCCUGAUCACCUCCGCGAACUAGAUGCUGCAGAGUAUGAAGAAACUGCUGGUGCCACAGAAAGAAACCAGAGUCUUUGCAGGGAUAGAGAACAACCUGAGAGCGGCUGCCAUGGAACUGAAGAUGAUUUCUAUGAUGCUGAAAUAUUGGAUGAGAUGACCACCCACAGAGGAGAAUUGAAGCUCAGAUCAAAUGUAAGCUUCAAGGAAGACAGACACAAACAGGCUUAUUCUUCAAUAUGACAUCAUAAACAUACAGGUGCAUCCAGAAUACACCAGGGCCGACCAAGGACAGUGAGAGCAUACAUUAUAGAGGAUGUGCCCAUUACAACAAAGAUCUUGACUAUAAUCCUCUGUCUAAUUGAAGCAAGAAAUAUGAUCCAAAGCAAGAUUGUCCCAUGGGUGUUGCCUAUUAUAGUCAAUCAACUAGACAAAAGAGUCAAAAACAUGCAUAAGAAUAAUCAGUCUUCAGCCAAAAAACUAAAUAAAGAUUAAGAGGAAGAAUUGAAGGGAUCAAGGAAGCAAUAUUGAACUCUGUUCUUUAUCCAUUUUUCUACUUUUAUUUUAGGUAAUGCUGCUAGAAAUGUAUUGUAGGGUGCCCAUAAUGCAAAAGAGAACAAGAUUAGUGGGGAUGGAACUACAUUACCACCCUCAGCUAACAUUUUACACAACCAAAUAAGGAAACUUCUAGAACAGGAAACAAGAGAAGUAGAGACAACAUUUACAAUUGUUCCAAACAACAAUCACGUUGUACCUAUGUCAACAGCGAAGGAGAGAGAUUAAUCCAGUAUAAUCAGGAGAUUUAAAACACCUAUUUGUGUUUGAUAACUCAAUCAUUCUCCAAUAGGAGUCUCAAUACACCAAAGAAAAUUUGAGUUCACUA